GGGAACCAAACGAAACAGAUCAUUAAAUUAAAGUCGUUGUAAAGUUGUUUGAAAAGUUAAACCUUUGAAGACGCGCGAUAAAUUAAAAACCAAUAUUGUGUUUAAUUAUUGAUAAUAGAUAACAAUCCAUGAAAUAUGGACUAUAUUUAAAGAUCUAUCAAAAACAUAGAUGUGCUAUAAAAUGGACACACAUAUUAAAGAAUAAUGGUAAACAUGUGAGAUUGUUCUCCAUGAACCAUGAAGUUUUGUCGUUCAGUCAUUUUACCCGACCAUUAUGCCUUUGGUCGAUGCGGUUAUUAAACUUCAUGGUCUAAAGAUUUUCAAUACCAAUUCUCCGUCUAUAAUACCACUCAAGUUGUUAUUUAGUUAACAUUAAGUUGGAGAUUAAAGAAUGGAAUGCAUCGGAAGCCGUCUGAUUUUCGUCAUUUUGCUCGUCUGUUCGGUAGAUGCCCACAAAACCUUAGAAUGUGACCCGACGGAUGACAUUUGUGAGUUUACGAUGGACGUUGGUUUCAAACAAACCAUGGUCGACGGCGACAACAAACUGGUUUAUCUUCAUGACGGGAUGCUAUACAGGUACGAUGUUAAUGCUUCCGACCCAUCCGCUUUGCCAACUUCUACUCACGGUAUCAUAACCGCAGAUGGCUAUGCAGUACCGAGAAUGAUAAUAACCAUAAAUGGUCAAAUGCCUGGCCCCACUUUAAACGUUUACGAAGGACAAACUUUGAAAAUUCAUGUGACAAAUAACCUGUAUAGUGAUGCAAUUGCCAUUCAUUGGCAUGGAAUUCAUCAGAUUGGAACUCCUUGGAUGGAUGGAGCAGCUUAUGUGACGCAAUGUCCAAUAAAUCCUGGACAAUCCUUCACUUACGAAUUCAGUGUCCCUAGUGCAGGCACAUUCUUUUACCACAAUCACAUUGGGAUGCUUCAAAUGUUGGGGCUACACGGCGCUCUUAUUGUCAGAGAAAGGACACAAAAUUCGUCUGAGGAGCACGUCGUCUUGAUAACAGAAUACAACCAUGAAUGGGAGGCAGAUCUACAGCUUCAAAAGAAUAUGUUUGGUGAUUACAAACCAUUAGAGGCGCCAUUUGGGGUACCGGCAAUUGACGGUACAUCGUUUACGAAAAUGAAAUGGCAUGCAGGGCUUAUAAACGGCAGGGGAAGAUAUUUCAAUGAAAACGGCCAACACACAGGAGCUCCGCUGACAUCAUUUAAGGUCGCAGCAGGAGAAAAAUAUCGGUUCCGAAUUAUUGGCGGAGGCAGUGCUUUUCCAUUUAGAUUCUCUAUCGACGGACAUAGUCUUAAAAUAGUGGCUAGCGACGGAUUCGACAUAGAACCGAUAAUUGCUGAGUCAAUAAUAUUACACAACGGAGAGAGAUACGAUAUUGAAAUGAUAGCGGACCAAAGUGUUGGAAACUACUGGAUAAGAGCGAAGACUCUUGAAGCCGGGGUGGACCACUCUGCUUACGCCAUUUUGCAGUAUAACGAAUCGGAUACUUCAGAUCCAUUGACAUCAAAUCGGGCGUGUACCUCGAGCGAUAGGUGUGUUGUUGUAAAUUGUCCAUUUUCAGUGUAUCCUGGUGAACCAAAUGUCGACUGUGUAACUUUUAAUGAUAUAAAAUUUCCAUCGAGUAUGCCGGCGUUUGGUGCCAACCAACAAAACAUUGAGGAAAUGUUCUUCAACUUUGGAUUCCCCGGAGGAUCUGGGUACAGAUACGGUUCCGUUAAUGGAAGAUCCAUGAUGUUGUCGCCAAUAUCUGCUCUUACUCAACCGCGUGAAUUAUCCACUUCGUGUGACAACCAUGAUUGCGGAACCGAUAAAAUAUGUGUGUGUACAUAUGCAGUUAGUAUUGGAGAUCAGAAGGCAUAUCAACUAGUGUUCACAAAUUACGGGAAUGGGGCUUCCGGUCCCCAUCCUAUACACAGUCAUGGUCACGCCUUCCAAGUCCUGAAGGUUGGGUACCACCAAUAUGACCAAAUAACUGGCAAGUAUAGUGACGGAAACGGUGAUAUUUCUUGUGAUGGUUCGUACUGCAAUGGACCAUAUUGGAACAACACCUCAUGGAAUGUUAAUACUAUACCAGGACUAGAAACACAAAAGCCACCAAUGAAGGACACGAUAAUGGUUCCCAAGGGAGGCUAUGCUAUUGUUAGAAUUACUGCCUCCAAUCCGGGUCUUUGGAUGCUCCAUUGUCACAUGGAUCCACAUACAAUGAGAGGAAUGGCUAUGCUUUUGAAUGAAUCAUUCUCUGAGGUUCCACCUGCACCUUCUGGUUUUCCUCAAUGUAGAAACUUUCCAGCACCUGAGUUUACUAAGCCAAAUGAUAUCCCAUGCAGUACACCUACGCCGCAACCUAGUACAGGCAAGAGCGCUAAACAGGAAGAAUCACCUGUAAUGCUUGACGAAGACACAAUUCCGAUCGCGACAUUUUGGGGAAUGUUCGGAGCACUGUUAGCGGUUGCUGCAAUUGAGCUGUUCAUAAUCAUAGGAAUGUGCGCGUAUUAUAGACGAACUGCUACAAAAACAUUAAGUUAAGAUUGUUGAUAAAACAAGUGUACAGCACUAAAAUUAAAUUUGUACAUAUUAAAAAUAUAGUCACUCACUGUGACUAUGAGUCUGUGUAUUUGAUAUUUAACUUUCAAGGCUUACAUGGUCUUUGUGAUUUUGUUAUUAAAGUGACACUCUUAUUCAAAAUCAAUACAUACACAUGUUUAAAAAACAUAAAUUUGAAUGAUAAACCUUAAACUACUCACUAAAUAAUGAAUAUAUGUAAAAUAUUAACUACUGAUAACAAGAUUGUAACCGUGAAUUUAAUAGCGGAAAGCGCUAAAAUAGUAAAUGAUUGGUGAAUGCUAAAAGAUUUCCUGUAUACUACAUUAAUCUCAUAAUGAAGAAAUAUGGUGUUUUAUGCUCAUUUCUUUCCAAUUAAACUCAGUAUCUUUCAAAAUAUCUAUUUUUUCUGACAUUUAUUCAUCCUUUUGGGAAUUUGAAAACAAUAUUAUGAAUUGUGAUAAAUCUUGUUUGGUAGUAAGAGUGCAUCUUUAAUAAACUUGAAACUUGCAAUUUGAAACUAAGCUAUUAAAAUUGGACAUUUUCGAUAUAUUAUAAAGUUGUAUAGUGCAUUGAUAUAUUCAUCGUUAUGUUAAUCUUAUAUUAACAAAAAACAUUCAUUUCUUUUUUUCUUUAUUCAUAAGUAAAUUAUCUGAUACGUU